CAUCUCUUCCCUUGUCUUCCAUUUUCUUCUCGAGUCGGAUCCUGCUCUCCAAUCUGCCCUAUGGGACUAGCAUACACUACCAAUUCAUGUCAUUGUCAAGCAUAGAUAAGUUAUCCGUUAACCUCCGUGUUUAAGCGAGCAGGUUGACUGGGGUGCUGAAAUGGGCCGGAAUCGGGAUGCGGCAUUGGAGACUUUAGAGAGUGGGGAAGAAGGGAAUGGAAUUGACGCCGACGAAGAGAAUGCAGUUUUCCCGCCGUCGUCUGGCCUGCGUCGGAGCAAGUACACGCCGGUGGUGGCGCACGAUAAUGAUCCAGCGGUCAUGGAGAUAUCGUCAGUUGAUCUCGGGCCUUCUGCCCCGUCUCAGGAUCUCAGGAAAAUUAAAGUGGGUGUGCAGCCAAAUUUAGCUUCUGAAGGAAGAGGAUCUCCUUUACAUAAUCAUGCUGGUGUCAGUGACACUCAGACAGAAUCGAAGUUGGAGUUGUUUGGAUUUGAUUCCCUUGUCAAUAUUCUUGGUCUUAAGAGUAUGUUAGGGGAUCCAAUGCCUGCCCCCUCAAGUCCCAGAGAUGGUGAUAAUGUAACUAUCACAGCUGGGCAUCCUCAGCCAACUGGUGUAAAAUUGGGAACAAUGAUGGGAGUGUUUGUGCCAUGCUUGCAAAAUAUCUUAGGAAUCAUCUACUAUAUAAGAUUUUCCUGGAUUGUUGGAAUGUCUGGUAUUAGUGAGUCAUUGUUGCUAGUUGCCUUAUGUGGAUCCUGCACUUUCCUGACUACAAUAUCAUUGAGUGCCAUUGCAACUAAUGGUGCAAUGAAGGGUGGUGGCCCGUACUAUCUUAUUGGUCGCGCCUUGGGUCCAGAGGUUGGUGUCAGUAUUGGUCUAUGUUUUUUUCUGGGGACUGCUAUUUCUGGUGCUAUGUAUGUAUUGGGAGCUGUAGAAGCAUUCUUAGAUGCUGUGCCAGGUGCAGGGAUUUUUAGAGAGACAAUCACAAGAGUUAAUGGUACAGCAAUUGCAGAGCCAAUUACAAGGCCAAGCUUACAUGACCUGCAAAUUUAUGGGGUUGUUGUCACUAUUGUUCUAUGCUUCAUAGUAUUUGGAGGUGUCAAAAUUAUCAACCGUGUUGCACCAGCUUUCCUCAUACCUGUUUUGCUCUCACUGUGCUGCAUAUUUAUUGGCAUACUAGUGGCAAGGAAGGACCAUCCAGCAGUUGGAAUCACAGGGUUGACCAUGAAGUCUUUCAAGGAUAACUGGAGUCCUGACUUUCAGAUGACUAACAAUGCCGGAAUUCCAGAUCCCAAUGGAAAGAUAUACUGGAGUUUUAAUGCAUUGGUCGGUCUGUUUUUCCCUGCUGUGACUGGGAUCAUGGCAGGUUCUAAUCGUUCAGCAUCGCUGAAGGACACCCAGCGUUCUAUUCCUAGUGGAACCUUAGCUGCAACAUUGACAACAUCUGGGUUGUAUUUGAUUACUGUGUUUUUCUUUGGAGCUGUUGCAAACAGAGAGAAACUUUUGACUGACAGGUUAUUAACGGCUUCAGUUGCUUGGCCUUCCCCUGCGAUUGUUUAUGUUGGCAUCAUUCUUUCAACCUUGGGUGCUGCUCUUCAGAGUUUAGCUGGUGCUCCACGUCUUCUUGCAGCUAUAGCAAAUGAUGACAUACUGCCGGUUCUUAAUUACUUCAAGGUUUCGGAUGGAAGUGAACCUAAUGUGGCGACUCUGUUCACUGCCUUCAUCUGUAUGGGAUGUGUUGUUAUUGGGAAUAUAGACCUUAUCUCACCAACCACAACAAUGUUUUUUCUUCUAUGUUACGCGGGUGUAAAUUUGUCCUGCUUUCUUCUGGAUCUUUUAGAUGCUCCCAGCUGGCGUCCUCGGUGGAAAUUUCACCACUGGAGUCUCUCUCUUGUGGGAGCAUUGCUUUGUAUAGUUAUUAUGUUUUUAAUAUCUUGGACAUUUACUAUUGUGGCAUUGGCCCUUGCAAGCCUCAUAUAUUACUACGUUUGCCUCAAGGGAAAAGCCGGAGACUGGGGUGAUGGGUUCAAGAGUGCCUAUUUUCAGCUUGCUCUUCGCAGUCUACGAUCUAUAGGAGCAACCCAGGUACACCCGAAGAAUUGGUAUCCAAUUCCUCUAAUAUUUUGUCGUCCUUGGGGCAAGCUGCCAGAGAAUGUUCCUUGCCAUCCCAAGCUUGCUGACUUUGCCAACUGCAUGAAGAAAAAAGGGAGGGGAAUGUCUGUCUUUGUUUCCAUCAUGGACGGAGAUUACCUCGAGCAUGCAGAGGAUGCCAAGACGGCAUGCAAGCAGUUAAGUACCUACCUCGACUACAAGCAGUGUGAAGGUGUGGCAGAGAUUGUUGUUGCCCCAAACAUGUCCUCCGGAUUCAGGGGCAUCGUUCAGACUAUGGGCCUUGGAAACCUCAAGCCCAAUAUAGUCGUGAUGCGGUACCCUGAAAUCUGGCGCCGCGAGAAUCUACUCGAAAUCCCCGCCACCUUUGUCGGGAUAAUAAACGACUGCAUUGUUGCCAACAAGGCGGUCGUUAUAGUGAAGGGCCUAGACGAGUGGCCCAAUGAGUACCAAAGACAGUACGGUACAAUCGAUCUGUACUGGAUAGUUAGAGACGGUGGCCUCAUGCUUCUUCUCUCCCAGCUCCUCCUGACUAAAGCCAGCUUCGACGGUUGUAAGAUUCAGGUUUUCUGCAUCGCAGAAGAGGACUCUAAUGCAGAGGAACUGAGAUCUGAUGUGAAGAAAUUCCUAUACGAUCUCCGGAUGCAAGCUGAGGUCAUUGUGAUUUCAAUGAAGUCUUGGGAAACCCCAGGGGGUGAGGAGCCUCAAGAAUCAGUCACCGGUGCGUGGCAGAGGAUCGGUGAGUACCUGGUGGAGAUGAAGGCGGCAGCUGAGAGGGAAGGGAGGCCGUUUUUGAUGGCCGACGGGAAGAGGGUUGUGGUCAGUGAGACACAGGUGGAGAAGUUUCUUUACACCACUUUGAAGCUCAACGCGACGAUACUGAAAUACUCUAGGAUGGCGGCUGUCGUUUUUGUGAGCCUUCCCGCCCCACCACUCAACCACCCGGCCUACUUCUACAUGGAGUAUAUGGACCUGUUGGUUGACAAUGUGCCAAGGUUGUUGAUCGUCCGAGGUUACCGCAGAGAUGUUGUCACCUUGUUCUCAUAGUUUUUAAAUUGCUGGGCAUAUUUAUCCAGAGUCAUGCUACAAACCUACCAAGGUUGACCGUCUGUGAAUUUGUACACACAAACGAUAAUUGUCUGUGAACUUUAUGUGUUCACAGACGAUUAUCGCGUAUGUUUGUACAAAUUCAAAUACGGUUGUCAUCCGACGUGUCAAUCGUAGUGGGUUCUAGCAUUUUUUAAUUCAUCCUUCUCUUUUCUUUUGCGUUUAAUUUCAUGUUCCAUUCAUGGCGGAACUCUCUCUUCAUCCUUUUUUUCUUUAUACACAUGUGGUUAAUGACUUAAUGUAAUUCUUUGGGUUCAUGAUAAAUAGUAUAUUUUUUCAUGUUUAAGGGGUGUGAAAUUGCUGCAAGUGUAGCGGUAUUUUUCUCUGCUUUAAAUAUUUUAAGUGUUCCUUUGGGCGAAAAUUCUAAAAACCAAUGUAUUGUUGCAAUUUUGGCUGAACGUUUGUAUUUAGAUCGCUACUUUUUUUUUAGCAAUAAUAACUCUAUCAUAAU